AUGAAUGAAUCCAGGGAGGCCAAGCGCGUGCGGCAAGCCUGUCUCAACUGUCGGCGCAAAAAGUCAAGAUGCUCUGGCGAAAAACCUGUCUGUUCCUUCUGUGCUCGCCUAAAGCAGGAAUGCUCAUACGAUGAUGGCCCGAUCCACUCAUCAAUCACCAGUGCCAAUGAAAUCAACUUAGCAGCGCGAGUUGCUCUUCUCGAGUCUAAGCUGAGCAUGUUGGAUAGUGGUGGUUCAGACUUCUCAAUGGGCUUUGGCAACGAAGCCCAGCCAUUCAAAAGACGCCGCUCAUCCCCGGCGGACGGUCCAACACUUUCUUCCAAAUCUGACGAUAGCCCUCGUCACCAGCCCGAGGUAAAUCAAAAGUUUUCCAAAGUUCCUCCAGACUCAGUCUUACGGUCUGUCUUGAGAUCUUACUUCUUAUACUGCCACAAUCAGCCCUACGUCUAUUUUCGUCCUGAAUAUUUCUACCGCCGACUUGACUCCAAUGAGAUUCCCGACUAUCUCCUCAUGGCCGUCAUCGCAGUUGCCGCGCGCUUCUCGGAUGACCCCUUCUUCGAGGGGAGGCAACUCGAGAUUGUGGAGCACUACGCCCGCGCCGCUUGGAAUGAAAUUUUCGACAAGUCCUUUUCCGAGGACUAUUCUCUCGACGUUCAUGCCGUCCAAGCCACAAACAUGUUGGCCGUAGUAGACUUCACUGCUGGCCGCCAUAACCUUGGCUGGGUCAAGAUUGGCCUGACGGUCCGCUUUGCUCAGAGUCUGCAGCUCAACAAAGAACCCUUGAAUGAUCUCUCCGCCGACGAGAAGGACGAAAGACGAUUGACAUUUUGGUCAGUUUAUCUCCUCGACAGGCUGGUAUCGUGUGGGACAAAUCGACCUCCCACACUCUCUGAUGGGGAUUGCACAGUCCGGCUGCCUACUGCGGCUGCCGAGUACAACGAGCAGGGCUCCAAAAUCUUGCCAGAUCUCCGAGCUUUAAAUGACACGUCGUGGGACGGCAACGAGGACAAUAUCGACUGCUUAGCCAAAACAAUCCUAAUGGCUUCCGCUCUUGGCCGCGUUGAACGGCACACCCUGCAAUAUGACAGUGGAAGCGAGACUUAUCCUCCAUGGGAUUCUCGCAGCCAGUUCGCCUCCAUUUACAGCCAACUACUCAACUUUGAGGCCCAUUGCGACCUUACCAGAGUUUCCUUUUCUACAACAAUCAGACGUUAUAUCAAGCCCAAUGGUUUGCCCGACAAUCCUGCCGCAGGUCAUUUUGUUUUUGCCAACGUUCUGUACCAUCUCAACCACUGUCUUCUUCAUCACCCCUUUUUACUGAAGAAACGGCUGGAGCCUCGUCAAACAAGAGUGUCUCCGAGUUUUCUAAGGGAGGCCCUCCGUCGCAGUCGAGAACAUGCCUACCAACUCACAGUUCUCCUUCGCAUUGUUCAGCGACAUAACCUCACUCUCACUAGUUUCUAUGCCUACAGCACAAUGGUAGCAGGCACCAUCCACAAACUCUUCAUUCAUCAUGUUGAUGAAUACCUUCGAAAGUCUGCGCAGCAGCUCUACGACUAUUCUUUGGACUUCCUCAGCAAAGGCCGCGGAACUUGGGAUCAUUAUCCACGAGUGGCGAAUGCACUGGAAGGCUUCGCACCAAACGCAGCCUCUGCUCGAGCGCUUGUGACUAUCAACUCAUCUCAGAUCGAAGAUCCAAGUUUGGACAUUUUAUGGAGCCUUCUCGAUUAUGGUUGGCUCUCCGAUCCCGCGAGAUCUCUACCAUCAUCCGAAAAUCAAUCAGUCAAUGCCGUGCCUGUCUCGAAACCUAAAAAUGGAAUUUCGCACGACUCUGCACUGACGACACACGAUUUUGAUCUGGGCAGCGAUUAUGGUGUCGACGACUCUAUCAUGGGAGUCGAAGAAUCAAUCCUUGUGGCCAAUGAUGUCGGGCUGGAUUUUAUGAGUUUCCCACAAACAUUACCCGACAAUUGGCUAGAGGAGCCUACGGACGAUGUCAAUUUCGCUACCGGCAGCGGACUUCCAUCACCAUGGACCCCCAACCUCACCAGUUGAAGGCAGGCUCUCGACAUUGCCAAAAUACAGUCGUUGAUCCUUAAUGCAGAUUAGUGGUAUUCCAGAGUGGAAGCGCACCCGAUAUCCCGCUUCAACCUUUGCAGCUGUAGACUAUGGGCUUGAUUCGGCCUCGUAUCAAAGAAACAUCGAGCUCGAGCAUCUCUACUGACUUGCACCGGCUUGAAACGCUUUGAACCUCAAGCAUUCCAGCAAUGGCGAUGCUUCGUUCAAGGCAUCCACCAG